AUGCGCCGCAGUCUAAUCCCCAACCCACCUCGUCCCUACCUCUUCCCCAUCCAAUCCAUCCUUCAACCCGCCUCAAUCAUAACCCCAACCGCCCUACGCAUCCAGCUCAAAAACGAUAGUCAUGAAACACAACAUCAACAGUCACAAUACCACCAAACCGCCUCGAACGGCACCAAGAAGGAGCCCAAAUUCCAAGAAUGGAAGGGCUCCUCCACGCAAGACCACGCCAUAAACCGCGCGUCCAGAAACGACAUCACAGACCCCGAAGUCGAGGGGGUAGCAAGCGGGAGGGAAGAGCGGAAGCAGAACGCUAGCGUUGCAGAUGCUACUAAGAGUAGUGCUACAACGGAGAGGGAUCUGGGACAGAAUGCGAAGAAAGCAAAGCAGGAGUUUCCAAAGGCUCCGGAGCCGGUUAUUGGGAUGAGUGAUGAGAGAGGACAGAAAGGUCAUUGA